AUGAGCGUAGCUAAACGACGAAACAAGGACGCGAAACCAUCAAAAAAAAACCAUCCGAUAAAGGAAGAUUCUGUUGAAUUCAUUUUAGACUCCGAUGAAGCUCAAAACAACAACACAAAACCUGAACCUUCACUAACCUUGCAAUAUCGACGGCAACAUCUUACGCAGAUAACUUCCCAUGAUAAUUCACCAGGUAUAAGUGACUUACAGCAGCAAAGCCUUCUGCAAUCUCAGUCACAACAAUCACAACGGCUACAACAGCAACCUCAAUCACGAGAGGAAAAUCCACAAAACUCAUUUAAAGAUCAAUCAUUAAACAAACAACAACUUUUUGAUCUAGAACAGUCAAAACCACAAGAACCACCUCAACAAAACCAGACAGAAACACAAUUGCAUCAGCCACAGCAUUUAAAAAAGCAAGAACUAGCUCGUCAAAAGCUCAAACAGCCCUUACAACGGCAACAACAAAAUCCUGAACUGUUUAGAAGAACAUCCGACUGGGACGAAAUAAGAACACCAGAGGGACGUAUUAUUCCAACAUUCCAGGGUGAACGAAGACCACUACAGCCUAAAGCAAAAGAGCUGCGACUGCUACCACAUCCAGACUUCUAUAUAUCUCCCUCACUACCAGAAUAUCAUACAUUGUCAGAAAGGCAGCUCGCAACAAGUAACUUAGUUUUAUUUGAAACAAUAUCCAAAAGACAACCCUCUGCUCCUCAGCUUGAGCAAAGAACUGCAAGGCGACACUCUAUAAUUGAAACUCCAAGAGGUCCCCAAAGGGCUUCACAAAUACAAUACCAAAACAUGGAGAGACGAAUGUCACAAAUCUCUCAAAAAUAUCAACCACAAAGAGACCAUAACCUUUCUCUUCCAAAUACUCCACAAAGAGGUGUCACUGUAAGAGAAAAUAAAACUACACAAAAUACGCCUCUUAGAAUUCCUCAAAAUGAUCAACGUCGUCCUUCUCAAGAAUAUCGCUUAAACCAAGGACAAAAUCUUGAACCACCUCAGAGAGAGAUAUGGCAACAACCCAGUACAUCUCAGUUUUCUGGACCUUUGCAAGUUCAACCACGUAAUUUUGCAUCUUCAUCACAGUGUAUUCCUGGGCUUUCCCAAAAUCAAUCACAAAAUUAUUCAAGUCCAAUACACGGCGUAGUUUCUCAAGCUCCAAUUCAAAACUAUUUGGCUGCUUCACAAUGUGUUGUGGGGGCCUCACAAUAUUACGGUAAUUCUUCACAUUCUGUAACCGGUCCAUCUCAUGGCAUAUCGCACUAUCAUCAUGCGAGUUCGACACAAGCUAUCUCUGGGCCAACUCCAGGUCCAUCACAAUACCAUGGAAGUUCAACACAAUCCAUUUCUGGGCCAACUCCAGGCCCAUCACAAUAUUAUAAAAGUUCAACGCAAUCUAUUUCUGGGCCAACUCCGGGCCCAUCACAAUAUUAUAAAAGUUCAACACAAUCUAUUUCUGGGCCAACUCCAGGCCCAUCACAAUAUCAUAAAAGUUCAACACAAUCUAUUUCUGGGCCAACUCCAGGAGUAUCUCAAUACCAUGCUAAUUCAGCUCAAAGUGUUGUAGGCGAAGCAAAGUAUCGCGGAACUUUGAUCCAGAGCGGAUCAGGAUAUGAUCAAAGCCCUCUUCAAUAUAACCGAAAUCCACAGAGUGUUCCGGCUCCAACUCAUGGGCAGAAAUAUCGCGCAAGCACAUCACAAAGUGUCGCCGGCCUUAACCGUGGACAAUCAAACUACCAAGGACAUUCAUCCCUAACUAUAUCAGUUCCUACUCAAGGUCAUGUACAAUGCCCUAGUAAUACUGGCCAAGCAAUUACCCAUACUGUAUCAGGAACUACUCAAAGUCAGUCACACUACCACGCAAGUGCAAAGAAAUGUGCUUCGGAUUCCUCUCAAAGCUCAAAUGUCUUAUCUCAAGACUCAAGUCAAUGUAAAGCAAGUUCAACGAAAGGCAAUUUAAACUCAUCUGACGUCUCAGUAAAACAUAUUGUUGGCCCUUCACAUGGGGUUACAGAAACAUCACAGAACCAAGUACAAAAUGUUACCCCGGAUCGUAAUACACCUGGGCCUUCACAAAAUAAUGAUAAUUCAUCACAACGUGAUACUAAUUCUACACAAAGUAUCACUCAAAAUAAUUCAAGUUCUUCAAAGGGUGCCAUACCCAAAAACUAUCGGGGACAAAAGAAUGACGUCUCCAAUAAAGGUAUAACUCAAUCCACGGCUUCACUAUCUAUCAAUGUUGCUGGUUCAUCAGAAAAAACAAAAGAGACUUCUCGAAACGCUGCUAGUUCAUCAGAAAAAACAAAAGAGACUUCUCAAAACGCUGCUAGUUCAUCAGAAAAAACAAAAGAGACUUCUCAAAACGCUGCUAGUUCAUCAGAAAAAACAAAAGAGACUUCUCAAAACGCUGCUAGUUCAUCAGAAAAAACAAAAGAGACUUCUCAAAACGCUGCUAGUUCAUCAGAAAAAACAAACGAGACUUCUCAAAACGCUGCUGGUCCAUCAAAUAAAGUUGUAGAAGCACUAAAGCCUAAGCCAAGCCCACCAACAAAAGUGACAGGGCCUUCAAAGAGUGCAUCCACCUCUGCAAAAGCUAAAGGGGCCCAAAACGCAACUACGACAGGUCCACAACCACUUAUGUCAUCAUACUCACAACUUGUGUCCACGUUGUCAAAAAAUAAAGAGCUUCCAAUGUUUCAACCAUUUCCACCAUUAGAAGUCAAUGACACCCCGGUUGAAACCCCAAAAGAAAUGCCGAAAUCGUCGGGACCAUUUGCUGUUCUAGCAAAUACUAUUCCCCAUGCCGCUACAAUUUUUGCUAAGAUGAAAAAUACUAUACUUGGUAGCAGCAAUGAAAACAUGAACUCCCAACCACUGGAAUACAACCCGAUAAUGCAGAAAUUCGAAGUGCAAGAGGAAGUGUGCAACGCUGGCCCGGGACAGGUUUGGCGCGUACAUGACGCAAUCCGCAAAGUAGAUGCUCUGAUUAGAAAAUUACCUUCAAGAAUUGAUUACUUAGACUUAGCUUUAGAUCGAGAAAAACAUAACGAACAUUACUCGAAACGACACGUAAGACACAACAGGCUGAUCGUUAACUUUUCUAUUAAAUAA